GAGAAAAAGGCGUCGAAGAGGUUGGAGAACGUAAAGAAGGAUCAGGAACAGCGACUGAAGAAACUACAAGAAGAACAGGUUUUGGACAACAGAAAGGCCGAGUUGCUCGAGUUGAAUGCUGACUUGGUGGACAAGGUGCUAUACGCCAUCAACUAUGCGCUUGCCAAUCAGACCUCCUGGAACGUCAUCGAGGCCGCAGUUGCAGAGCAGAAGGCUCGAGGCGACCCUGUCUCCAGUUGCAUUGAACGUCUUCAGUUAGAUUUAAAUCAGGCUGUUCUCCGUCUCAGUGAUCCGUAUGUUGAUGAUGAUGAGGAUGAGGACGAGGAUCAGAAGAAUGCCGCUGACGAACCCCUGGAAGUCACCAUCGAUUUGGGCUGUAAUGCUCUUAAAAAUGCAAAACGCAUAAAACUUCCCACUCCUCACCCGCUUCGUUUUAUCAGGUACUACGAUCACCGGAGGCUUGCCCAUGAUAAGGAAAAGAAAACAAUCACGGGAACAAAACGCGCCUUGAAGAUGGCCUCGAAGAAGGCUGAAAAGACGAAGACCCAAGUCGCUGGAGUCCAACGGAUUUCUAAAACGCGCGAACCCUUCUGGUAG